ACUAAACUGACGAAAAACAGAUCCAUUUUAUUCUCAGCUAUCUCAACUAUUUCCGGUUAGUUUUCACCGUACUGCUACCGUUUUCUCACACACACUUUUCGCACGCGCUUGACAAAAACAACAGGUCAGAAGGUGUUUGUCCAGGAAGGUGUAAUCUGUAGCAUUGACCAGGUCUAUUGUAGAGCAGUAAAAACUUAUCUUUUCAAGUAUCAUUGGAGAUUAUAAUGGCGUGACACCAGCACUGGUACAGGGACUUAUGUUCCAACAUCUCUUAGAAGAAGAUUCCGAAGGGGAGAUAUUUCAGCCCGACUCUUUCCUGGUAUCGACGCCAGUCAGUGGCACCUCCUCUUCCUCACGUCAUCAUGAUUACAGAAAACCUGAGAAAGUGCAUAUGGUGACGAACUUUACUUCCAUUGAAAAAUCUGGUCAUGCGCCAACAGCAAUUACGUUUGUCACAAUGGAGGAUGGUGAACAGUACUGCGAGUUCCAGUUUCAGCAUGAGCACUCUGCCAAUGCCAAGCAAAGGAGAGACCAGAAGCCGCAGAAACCUGACAUGUAUUCUCCUUGCCCAGGAAAGAUUAAAAAUCAACUACACGAGAAUUUGUUCUACACAGUUGCAUCAUUCAUCAUCUUCGUCAGCGCAGCAACAUUUCUGUUGCUUCCGACCUGUGUAAUCUUAGUGGUGUUCGUUCCCAUUGCCUAUAUACUUAGGAGAAUCGCUAAAUGUUUUGCGAGUAUUUGCAACUUCUACUCCCCUUGUUGCUGCUAUACGGCAAAUUGGCUGACAAAUGAUGAGAAAGUUUGGCUUGAUGAUCCACAUUUAGAAAAACCUGUGGUCCAAGCGUUACUUGAAGUUGAAGGGCGUAUGGAAGCUUCACGACUCAAGUCUCUACUCUUAUCACGUGUCGUUUCAAAGGAAAAUAAACAAGGGAAAAAAAAUUUCUUACGUUUCACACAAAAAAUGGUUCGUCUCAGUUCUGGCUGUGUUUGGGUAAAUGAUCUGAAUUUUAAUAUUGAUAAUCAUGUUUUAGGGGCACCGCGAACUUUCAAUAAUAUUCAAGAUUUGCAGGAAUUUAUUUCACAGUUGUCUACAAAGCAGUUAUUGUUCGGGAAACCGCUUUGGGAAGUAUGUGUGUUUUAUGUAGAUACUAGAGAAACCCUGAAAACAUAUCUUUUAUUUCGAUUUCAUCCCUGUAUGACGGAUGGUAUCAGUCUUGUUGAAAUUUUACGUAAGUAUUUAGCUGACGAACACGCAACUUCAGAAUUAAAAUCAAGGUAUGGCCGAGAGGCACUCAUGUUUAAUGGCGUUCAAGCUGUUUGUGUUGGUCUUAUUGUAUUUUUAUCUCAUUUGCUUGGGAAGCGGGAUAUAUCCAUGCCAUGCAUAAAACCAAUGAAUGGUGAAAAGAAAGUGCUAUGGUCAGAUCCAAUUAGCCUUGCGUCUGUAAAACGGAUAAAACUGAUAACAAGGACGUCUAUCAAUGAUGUAUUGUUGUCUGCGAUAUCCGGCAGUCUUCGCAGCUACUUCAGAUCUCAAGGUAUUCAUAACCCAUGUAAUCUUCACGCUAACAUUCCAGUGGAUUAUCGCAGUUCUUCAGAACUUCUUGAACUUGGUAACAUGUACACAUUCGCACGGGCACCAUUAACAACAAAUAUAGAGGGUGCUAUACCUCGUCUUUGGGAAUUAAAACACCAAAUGCUGGAGGUAAAAAACUCAGGUGACCCUAUGAUUAUAUACAAUGUGAUGAAAGUCAUUAGGCUUAUAUUCCCAGAGGUUGUCUCUCGGGGUGUUCUAGCUAGCCUUUACAACCGUAGUUUCUGUACAGUAUCAAAUUUACCAGGACCCGAAACAAAGAUAAGUCUAGGUGGACAUAAGGUGCAGUCAGUUCUCUACUGGAUGCCUACAAGAGAACAAGUUGUGAUGAGUUUCUCAGCAAUAACUUAUGGAGAUGAAUUACGAGUCGGCUUGCUUGUGGAUGAAGCUGCCGUUACAGACCCACACAUUAUCCUCCAUGAGUUAAACCAACAGUUCCUAGCAAUGACAGAUAUUUUACAGUAUCGACGCAUUCCAGGGGAGAAAAAGCCACGUAAUCUGGAUGACGAUGGUUAUGAGGAUGAAGACGACCGAAUGGACGAAGAGGUCCGGCGUCCCAAAGUGAAUCGACCUUCCGAAGGCGAGGCCCACACAUCACAGAUGCGCCCUUUGUCAGGUCCUAACAUUUCCUUUCCAACAGUGGUACCAGAUAGCCAGAAAAAGGGCGCUGUUGCUGUAGAUGUUGAAUCCAAAGAGGUUGUUAUGCUUGAAAACCAAAAUUUCUCACCAUGUGUUGAACGUAAAUGCUAAGCUAAUGGAAGCCUUACUUUUUUGUAUAUAAGUCUAAAAUAAAUCUUAUUUUAUUUGGUAACAGUUUUUUGUAUAGUAACUCUCAUCCCUUGCAGUUGGCCUGUAGCUUGUAGGGUGCAAAAUGCUUACCUAUCCCCUUCUUACCUCCCAAAAUCAUAAAUUUUAAAUAUCUGAUUUCUUAAAUAUUGUUCUUUAAACAGCUGUAUGUUUAAACUGUAUGUUUGUAACUUCUUAAGUAAAUGUCAGAUUUAAAUUAUUCUUUUA